UUCAUUACCGUGCAGACCCGUGUGAGAAAUGACUUUAAGGAAAACGGUGUGUGCGUCCCUCUUCGCUCGUGCAUGGAGCAAAUCGGCGAUCGAACUCAGAAGUGCCUUAUGUUUGCUCAGAUGUAAGCGGCGUGGUUCGUUAAUAGCCCGUUUAAUUAGAUACAAGCUUGCAGCUGAGUCACUGGCAAUGGUUAGCGUUUUCUUCGCGAACAUACUAGUUUCACCUCCGAAUUCUUCCAGGGCUGCACGAAUUGCAGCGAGCUCGGCGCGUGUAAUAGUGUUAGUGCAGCCAAAUCCAUUUGGGUUUACGUAGACAACACGGUCUUUAUGCCAAGCACAAGCCCCAGCCACUUGUAGUUCUCUACCGUUUUCAGUAGUUAUCUUGGAUACCGAGCCAUCGGUCCAUACAAUUUCCUCGGGGUUGUGGGCCAGAGGCAGUGUACGUUGGAAUUGUGUCCGAUUCAACCUCGGUGUCGCUGGGGCUUCGUCAGGCGUGACCAUAGUAGCAAUGUUCUGGGGCACGUCAGUGCCGAGUCCAGGCUCCAUCCCAGCUGUGCCUGGGGAGUCAAGUUCUCCGUUCGUCCAGGUGGCGAGUCGGCGGCAGAGCGGGCUGCGCACAACGGCUCGGACGGUUGCCGAGGGGAGGGACGUCUGGUGCUGUGGUGCCGUCUUAUGAUCAGUUUGCCCCGGGUCGCGCCGAUAUCUGUGCAGCAGGGCAGCCACCGCCUCCUCGAAGGCCUUGGUCCGGUUGUUGUUGGUCCGGUUGAAGCUUUCCCAGAGCGUUUGAAGGCGUGCGUAGGUGAGCAUGCCAAGCCAGCGUCCGCUGGGUUCAUAGACAUGGGCCUCUCGGGGGAGGGCCCGGCCUGCUGUGGGGGUAGUGAUGGCGUAGCUGCCUGGGGGGGAAACGUCGUGGUAGGGAUCGCUGGGGACGGUAGAGAUGAUGGUUGCUGCGCGGGUCACCCGUGCACGCGCUGCUUGAUCAUCCGGGUCGUCAUCGUGUCGGCCCUGACGUUGCCGCAUUGUCAGGUUGCGAUCCUUUGGAGGCCGUGUGGGGCGGGCGGGUGCAUCAGGUCCCGCAGCAAGUCGAUUGGUGUAUUCUGAGAUCAGCUCCUCCCACUCCAGGUCAUGCUUAAGGUCACGCUCACGCUCAUUGCUGUUUGCCCACGUAACUUGGCGCAGGAGACGAGUCGACCUCGAUGAAAAGAGGGCCGCACGUGGGGCAUGUGUUGUCUCGAGUGGCCCGGGCGCAGGUGCGGUGGGCGGCGCGUAUGCGGGUAGGAUGCUGGCGGGUUGAGCCGCUGUUGCUGUGUCUGCGGCUGUCGUGCCGGCCCCGUCCGGGUGGGGCUGCGUCGCGCGUGGGCGAGCCUGCAGUGGGUGCUUGUAGCAGCGCACGUCUGUGACCGUGGCGUAGCCCAUGCGUGAGAAGGCGGUGACUAGGCCAGUUUGUUGGUUUGUGCGGUACAGGAUGGCCGCCAGCUCCUGGCCAUCAUUAUCCAGGUCGUAGGUAAGCUGCGCAUCUCCGUUGGUGCAGUCAUCAGUAGGAGGGUGGACCAGGUCCUUGACUACACGUUCCCGGGCUAGUUUCCAGAGUGUUUGCUUGCCCCGCCGGUGAGACAGCCUGAGUGGUGAGGCUUGCUGUCUACCGUCCGCUUCCAUCAGGUCGUGCUGACUAUCGUCCACUUCCAUUUGGUCGUGCUCAGGUGCUGCGGCGUCGACAUCCAUUGGGUCCUCAGCGGCGGCCGCGGCUGGCUGCCCUUGGUGGAGAAGGUAGGUUUGCACGGCGCCAGUAGACGGCGUGGUCGCAUUCGCAGUGAGCAGAGUGGUUAUUGUGGGGGCCAGGGGCCGUUGCGUGCGGGUAACCGGGGUUCGGUUGUUGAAUGAAGGGGGGUCCCUUGGGCGGGGCUUGCAGAGGUGGUUGUGCCUGCUCAUGUCUUUUGCCAGGGCCGUGAACACUGAAUGUGCCGUUUCGUACCCACGUGUGCCAACGGCCAGGCUUUCGUCUCCAUUUGUGAGGCGCAUAGCCGUGCUGAUUGCGGCUUUAUCACCGGUUGGCUUCGGGUUGGGUGACGGGAGCUGCGGUAUCCGCGGCUGGGGCAGGAGUUGGGGCCAUCUGCCCCAAGGCAGUUGGCGUGUAUUGCAAGGGCGGGUUGUGAUAGAGUGGGCUGGCUUCUUCGAUGUCCAUUUGGGUUGUUGUGUUUGGGGCUGGGGUGAGGGGCUGUGGGGCGGGGCCUCCCGUCAUGAGUGCGGUGAGGGGUGGUGCCAUGCCUGGGGGUCGAGGGUCGUUCCGUGCGGAGAGGGCCUGGAGUUCUUCCAGGGGUGGGAUCACACGCUGGGUAGGCGGAAGCGGGUUCAGGCUCCCGUGUUUUUCCGGUGGUAUUUGGUCUCCGUCCAAUCCCGCCGUGGCAACCAGGGCCAGACUCAGCCUGUUGAGCGCAACCUUGUGUUUGUGGCGGACCCUGCUUGCCCCCAGGAGUUUCUCGAGCUCCCGGGUGCUAAUCAGAUGGCGGCUCGUAUUGCGGUCGACCAAGUGGCUGAAUUCGAGCUGGAGUUCCGCUAGCGGGAUCACGUGUUCGACAGGGAGGGGUGCUGCCGCACGCGCUGCAGCUGCGGCGUCCAAAGCCUCGACAAUUGACCAGGUAGGUGGUGUGCGAGGCUCGUACCCGCCAGGCUAUGCUGCCGUGGCAGGAGGGCACGGGUAACCACGCCCAGUCGGCCUGUGUCAUUUAGAGCAAGGACAAGCGCGCGGUUGGCCACACGCGCGUACUGGGGUAAGAGUGAGCCCAGUCCUAGGCCAUAUUCUUCGAUUGGGAGAAGGGUGGUACGGGUAGGGAAGCUGCGUGGCAGCCCGUAGCACCGUUUUGCGUAACCGGCCAGUGCAGCGUCAAAGUUUGCGAUGUCCUGUUUCGUGUAUGGCAUCGCAGCGAAUGCAUAGGCGAUUGAGGUGUGGACGCAUUGCUGCAGCAUGCGUAGGCGUUGUGCCGGCGUGGCCAGUGACGUGGCUAUGGCCGUGCCCUUUUCUUUCACAGUUUCCGUGACGCGGGAGACUUGCGCCUUCCAGUCUAGUGAGAAGGUCUUCCAGCGUUGUGGUCAGGGCCGCCAAGUCGUCAGCGUACGCGGCGGCGCUGCAGUGGUACCGUGCAUUGUCUUCCGGGCUGAGGCAUCCAUAGCGGUAGCCCCGCCCACCUGCGUGGAGCCACCGCACAAGCGGUUCCAUGAACAAGAUAAACAGUACAGGUGACAGGGUGUCGCCUUGCACCGUGCCACGUUCUAUUGGGAUGGCAGAUGUGCAUCCAAGUUCAGUACGAAUGCGGGUGGUGGCGUGCGCGUAUAGGUUGCGGACUGCGCGUAUCAGGUCGUCGGGCAGGCCCAGAUCGAACAUAAUCUGGAGUAGCCUGUCCUGAUCGAUUGUGUUAAACGCAGAGCUGUAGUCAACAUAUACUGCGUAUACGUCUUUCCCAU